AUGCAUACCGUAGAGCCUCAUGCCAAUCUCGACGUGAGCGAGAAGGGUGCCGUCUACCACAGCGAUAUCAGCUCUGGCAACAGUGCGCCCGGUUACGAUGACCUUCCCGACCCAGAUGUUGGCAAAUCCGCUGAGGAGCGCGCAAAGCUGGACAAGGCUCUUGUAUGGAAGAUGGAUAGGUGGCUGAUCCCAUGGCUCUCUCUCUUGUACCUCCUCUCUUUCCUGGACAGAACCAACAUCGGCAACGCUCGUGUGGCGCAUAUGGAGAAAGACAUCGGCAUGACAGGUCGCGACUACAAUGAUGCCUUGACCAUCUUCUUCGUGUCUUACGCUGGUUUCGAGCCACUUACCAACAUCCUGAUCAAGAAGUACUCCCCACGAGUCUUCUUUACUGGCAUCAUCUUGGCUUGGGGUGUCAUCAUGACACUCAUGGGUCUCGUCAAGAACCAAUCUGGCUUGCUGGCAUGCCGUUGGUUCCUCGGUAUUGCGGAGGCUGGAUUGUUCCCCGGUGUCAACUACUAUCUCUCUUGCUGGUACAAGCGCACUGAGCUAGGAUUCCGCGCUGCGCUCUUCUUCUCUGCCGCCGCUCUGGCAGGAAGUUUCGGUGGUCUUUUGGCUGCAGCCAUCACUCAGAUGGAUGGCGUCGGUGGCUACCAGGGAUGGCGCUGGAUCUUCAUCAUCGAGGGUCUCAUGACCGUCGGCGUUGGUAUUUUCUGCUGGUGGAUGGUGUUCGACUUCCCCGAGACAGCCCGAUUCUUGACUCCUGACGAGAAGCUGCGAGCCAUGCGUCGUCUCCGUCAUGACGGUCAAGCAAAGGCUGCUGUCGGACACAUUGAGAAGAAGAACGUUUUCGAUGCCCUCAGGGACUGGAAGACCUGGUUGUACGCCGUCAUCUACAUGGGCUGCCUCUGCCCGUUGUACUGCUUCUCGCUCUUCCUGCCCACCAUUCUUCUCGGUAUGGGCUACACAGGAACCAAGGCCCAACUUCUGUCCGUCCCUCCCUACGCGGUCGCAGCCACCAUGACUGUCCUCGUUGGAUACGUCGCCGAUCGAACAAAGUGGCGUGGCUACUGCAACAUGGUCAUUUCUCUGAUUGGAUGCGUCGGAUUCGCUAUGCUCCUCGCUUCUUCCAACGUGCACAUCCAGUACGCGGGUACCUUCCUGGGCGCUGUCGGCAUCUACCCAACUGUCUCCAACACGCUGACCUGGGCGUCCAACAACUUCGAGGGUUCCCUGAAGCGCGGUGUCAUGGUCGGUGUAGUCGUCGGCUGGGGCAACAUGAACGGUGUCGUGUCAUCCAACAUCUACAACCCCAAGGAGAAGCCGCAUUACCGCACCGGUCACGGCAUUGUGCUCGCCUACCAGUUUUUCUUCCUGUUCGGCGGUAGCGUUGCCCAGCACUUCAUGCUCCAGCGCGAGAACAAGCUCAGGUUGGCAGGCAAGCGGGACUACCUGAUUGAGGGUAAGACCGAGGAGGAGAUCGAGCUGCUCGGCGAUGUUCGUCCCGACUUCAUCUACACAACAUAA